UUUGGUUUCUAGCUUAGACGGUCUUGUGGAAUCUGAAUUUCUUUAUCAAGGCUUUGGCUCAAGGUCAGAAGAGUUCACCAUUUGUUAUUUAGCCUUGAAACAUCUUCUAUGCAUCAAUUGUCAAUGUCUUCAAUCUAACUAGUGGUUCAAGAAAGACAGUAGCUCUGUUGCUGGUGCUCUUUAAUUUUUAUUUCACGCGUUGUCUUUGCAAAACAAAAAGACGACGUGCAAUGGAAGCAGCGGACGAAAAUUUCAACGCCUCCUCACAAGAAUGCCUGAGAUUGAGAAAACCCACCACAAUUCCUAGCAGGGAGCAGAUAGAAACUAUUGAGAAGAGAAAAAGGAUGGAUUCCCCAGACAUAACUACACAAGAGGAUGAUGAUAACAGUCUGGAAAAUGCAGCUGUUAUCCAACAGAUUGCUUUAACAAGAGUUAAGCACCAUGCUGAGGUACUCAAGAAAGAGCUGAUUGAACAAAUGGAUAUUCAACUCUCGUCAAUCAUGGAAGAAUAUGUAGCUGGUAUUGAAUCUGUGAGAGUACCACAGAAGUACCGGUCUUUUCUUGGUGAUGACCAGUCAAGAGAAGAAAGAAAAAAAAGGAAACUACCAUGUGGAUCCCUUCCUGAGAAAGAAUUCAUAGCAAGACAUUCUUUGCUUACCGAUCUAUUUGAGAUCAAUCACAUCCAAACUAUAUACCACAUUUUCAUAGCUAUUCUCAUACUCCUUUUUAUGAACACUGUGGUUGAAGAUAUUUUUGACAAAGGCCGCAUUGAUUUAGAGUUUGCACUCAUCCUAUGGGCUUUUGGGGACUUCCAAACUGUUCUCGUAACUUGGGUUGGAAUGAUGUUCUUUAGCUUAAUAGUUGUCUACCCAGCUUUCCACUAUUGGUCACAUAAACGUUUGACUAUCGUUGACAAAUCUAAACGAUUGGCGUGGGAUUACUUCUGGUUUGCCUGUUAUAUUGCCUAUAUGGGUGCUGCUAUCUGGGUCCCGCUCACGGAAAUACUAGCUCAUAAGCUUCCCCCCGCAUCGGCUACUACGCUCUUGAUGGAACAAGUCCGCUUGCUAAUGAAGACGCAUGCCUUCGUCCGUUCAAAUAUGGCGAUAGCGCUUGCUUACGACAACCAACAGUACAGUAAACCCCAGGGGUCGGUUGACAUUAAAGAGGAUAGCAAUCAGGCCCCUUGUCCAGAUUUUUCCAAAUAUCUUUACUUCAUGUUUGCGCCAACGCUCGUUUAUCGAAACCGCUAUCCUAGAACACGUUCAAUUCGUUGGAAAUGGGUUUUCUUCAAUUUUCUGCAAGUAGUCGGUGUUUUAUUCUACCUUUAUUUCAUCUUCGUCCGAUUCUGCGUUCCGGUUUUCCGUCAAAUAGGACAUGAACCAAUGUCGGGGAAAGCCCUGGUAUUGGCCGUUUUUGGGUGCAUGUUACCCGGAACACUGGUCUUGCUCUGCGGAUUUUUUUGUUUGCUUCAUGCGUGGCUCAACGCGUUUGCCGAAAUGCUUCGUUUCGCCGAUCGCAUGUUUUAUCAAGAUUGGUGGAAUUCUUCUUCUUAUGCCACAUACUACCGUACCUGGAACGUCGUUGUCCAUGAUUGGCUCUAUACGUACGUCUAUAAGGACCUUUACGAGGUUUUAGGACGACGUAAUCGAGUUAUUCCCACAUUGGUCGUUUUUCUCAUUUCGUCCAUCGUCCACGAGUACAUCAUCACUUUUACUUUCCACUGUUUUUAUCCGGUUUUACUCCUGAUGUUUGGCGGCUUUGGCAUGCUCUUUUCUUUCGUUACUAACGUUGAUCGGCGCCUGGGUAAUAUAUUCAUGUGGCUUACACUGUUCAUAGGAACUGGCUUGUGUAUGUCACUUUACAGUAUGGAGUGGUAUGCGCGAAUUAACUGUCCGCCGUCUUUCGAGGGAUUUAUGGAAAUUCUAAUUCCACGGUCAUGGACAUGUCUGGCGAAUGGGAACAUCUAAAGUGUAUCGAUUUUCCGGUUUUAUCGUUGCAUUGGUUGUCUUUCUGUGCUCGGGUAUUUUAUAUCAAGAUUACGCCGCCGAAAGUUCCAUUUGCCAAAACUUUCGUCGUUAAACCCUCCGUUUGGAAAUUAGGUUAUUAAUGGCUAGAUUAUUGCGUAAAGUUCUUAGCUUCCACGCAUUUGAUCACAAAACUAAGGUUAGCCUAUUUUUAUGGUUUUCAAUAUCCGUGUUUAUCGUCUGUGUCCACGGCGACUAUUCCUCUCCAAAAUGUCUUGAUCGCCCCAUGGCCAGAAAUUUGAAUGUGCCAAGUGAUCUGUCGUAAACGUAUUUGUUGUCUUCCAGUUUAUCACACUUCUGAUCUUCAU